AUGAACAAUACGCAGGCAAAUCCUUUUGCUAACAUUGGGACUCCUAGUUUCAGUCUAUCGCAAGUUCCCCAGCAUAUUCUGCAGAAUUUAACACCUGUUCAAUUGCAAAUGAUACAGCAAAAGCAUCAACAGCUACUGAUGGAACGGCAGGCUAUGAUGCAACAACAGCAACAGCAACAACAGCAGAAGCAGAAAAGACAGCAGCAAUUGCAAAUGCAGCAUCAGCAAAUGCAGCAGCAGCAAAUACCGCCACAGCAGUCUACACCUCAACCGCAGGGUAUCGCACUGAACCAAUCAAAUAUACCAUUACAGCAAUUAAGCUUAGCACAAAGGGCACAAAUUUUGAAGGCCAAACAGCAGCAAUUGAACUCUGCACAGAACCAAACAGUAAAUUCCCAGGCUAUCCCUCAAACUCCGAUAAACUUACCUCCCCAGAUAGCUCAACUGCCGCCUCAUAUGCAACAACGCGUUUUAGGCAACCUCAAACAAAAGGCGAUAGCGAACAACAACCCUGCGGCAGCGGCUGCUAUAACAGCAGCUCAACAGCAGCUUGCUGCACAACACCAGCGACAACAAUCUGGCUCUCUAUCCGGCGCCAGAGCUCCACAGCAAAUACCUCCCCAAGGCCCUUCUAUUCCAACUGCUGCAGUUUCACAAGGAGUUAUCCCUAAAACGCAACAUGUAUAUCAAGAUCCGCCGGAAGAACGCAUGGAUUCGUUGAAUUAUUGGUCAGAAAAAAUAGCAAAAGGUGAAACAGAUUUGACUGAACCCGAUACCACCACUCUACUAUAUGAACAAAUAAUAAGACGCGAUCAUGAGAAUUCUAAGCAGUUAAUGAAGGAACGCACAGGUUAUGAACCGUUUAGUAAAUACGGGUUUAGUCAUAAGGAGUAUUUAACCAGACUCUUGCAUGACUUGAAUUAUUACAAGGAGCUAAAAGCAACAAGGAUGAAAUCCAUAACCAAUACUACUCAAGGGGUUAUCUCUAAAAGCAUUUGGGGUGAUGGUUAUUCAGGAUAUGGCAAUGGCUUUACCAACACUAUCACUAAUGUCACUACCGGACUCGUAGGUCCAUCAGGAAGGAGAAUUGUUCAAUACAGUAUCAAGGACAUAUAUGAACAGGCAAUGAAUGAAGCCAAUCAAGAAUUGGUGCCCAUAAGACUUGAGUUUGAUGCCGAGAGAGACAAAUUUUCCCUUCGGGACACCUUUGUUUGGAAUAAGCUCGAAAGUGUGGUAAAAAUUGAAGAAUUUGUAGCUGAAAUGCUACAAGACUACCGGUUUCAUAAUGAUGAGCAAUUUUUCGAGACUGUCGUUCAGAGCAUCAAAGAGCAAAUAAAUGAACACCAAUCUGAUCCCUUCUUGGAAAACAAUCGUGGCCAAGAAGGAGGUGAUGAUCUACGCAUAAAAAUACAGAUAGAUGUUGUAGUUGGUCAAAACCAACUCAUUGAUGCCUUUGAAUGGGAUAUCUCGAAUCCUAACAACAGUCCUGAAGAAUUUGCAGAAUCCAUGUGCCAAGAACUUGAGCUUCCGGGAGAAUUUGCAACUGCAAUAGCGCAUUCAAUCCGUGAACAAGUACACAUGUAUCAUAAAUCUUUGGCUGUCGUGGGCUAUCAAUUCGAUGGUUCAGUGGUAGAAGACGACGAUGUCAGAAACAGGUUACUUCCGAUUAUUACACUCGAUGAAGUGCUCAGAAACACGAGUGACACCAAAGUUUUCACGCCCAACUUACUCAAGGUAUCAAAUGCAGAAUUAGAACGUCUAGAUAAGGACAAAGAUCGCGAUACAAGACGUAAAAGAAGGCAAGGACGCUUCAAUAGGAGAGGCGCGGGAUCUAAUACGGCUGUCAUGCAAGGCGAUACAGCUUUACCGGACCUCUCAGACGUGCCCAAGACAUUCCGUAUUCCUAUACCCAGCACUAUUUUACCGGGAGGUGUCGAUUUGGGGCCAUCUGUCAAUUCCUAUGACUUGCAUACCACUACCGAAUAUAGAAUAAGGCCACCGGAGAAAAAACCGGAUUUCGAACCUUGCCAAAUCAUUGAUCAUGACCCAGGAAACUCACUGUUGGUCAGCAUAAAGCUAAAGAAAGACCUUGGUUAA